AUGAAAAACAAUAUAAUAUUCAGUGACAAUACUGAAUGGGGAAGUUCUGCACUAGUAAUAACUAAAAAAGAUAGAACAAAGAAAAUUGCAAUUGAUUAUAGAAAUUUAAAUAAAUAUUUAGAACAAUAUAAAGAGCCAUUACCGAACUUUAAACAAAUGUUGCAAACUGUUAACUUUGCAAGAGUAGCAACACCACUAUAUGGAUUAGAAGAAACAGCAGAAUUCAAUUGGACUGAUAAUUGUCAAAAAGCAAUAGAAGAACUCAAGCAACAAAAAGUUAAAAAAUCUCUAAAAAAGAAAGACUUAUUACAAAGUGAACUUAAUGAUUUCUCCAAAUCACCAAGAUAUAACAAGACCAUUAUAAAAAUAGGAUCACAUGGCCUAUCUGCAACACAGAAAAAUUGGCCAACAAUAUUAAAAGAAAUAAUAGAAGGAGCACAAAACUUUGUAGCAGAUUUCCUAACUAGAGGAACAACAGACAAAUUACAACAAUUGGAAGAGUUAAAUAUAGAAACUACCCCAAACAAUCAAAACAAUUCCAAAAGAAGAAAUAGUAGUAAUGUGGGUACAGCAAGUAGAAGAAUCCAAUAUCCAACUACAAUUAACUCAAAAUAUCAAAAAUAUCAAACAGAAACUUGGCAUAAGAAAACACAACGAUCCUCAAAAAAGGAUAGCAGAGGUCUCAAAGAAACUUCAAAUAAAUUUCAAUUCCAAACAAAAUUUGGUAGAUCAAUUAGUGAAGUUAUUAAUCUUACAGAAACAGAACAAUCAUGUCAACUUGAUACUAGAUUAUCUGAAUGGAAUGAAGAAAGUGUAUCUCAAAAAACUUUAGAUAAUAAUGAUAAACCAUGGAUAUUAGAGCAAUGCCAGUACCAGGAAAUAGUCACACAAAUGACUCUUCAGUUAGAUUCUUACAAAUACCAGAUAGAACUACAUAUAAAUCAGAAACAACUACUCUGGAAGAAACAGGAAGUGUACAGUAUAAAAUAUGCUCUGGAAUAUUUGAACAACACGAAUAUUGGAACUGUCCAAAUGCAAUAUGAAAUAAAUGCUAAGAGAUAG